GGUCACGACCAGCUCCCGACCACCAUGACACGGACUCGGACUUGGUUCAUUAUGACUCUGUUUUUCUUGUACUUUAUGAACGUAAAUGCCAUCUUGAAUAAAUGGGAGGCAACCAGUUUUUGCAAAUGCAUCUGUUUCCAAUCCAAUUAUUCAAUACUACACCUUACACUUCCAGAUAAUCCCUCCCAGCCUUGUUUAUCCUGUACAAAACAAUGGUGUCUUAACCAAAAUCUUCCGAUUUGUGCUGGUGCCAAAUUGGGCGAUGCGGACCCAGACACGGCCACCGGAAAGGAAGGGGAUGUUGAGGCAAGAUGUUUCCAACGAGAUUCUCCAAGAGAUCAGCUCGGUGCGUAUCUCGUUCCAGAAAUUUGCGAAUGUUGAUACUGGAACGAUUGGAUCAGUUGUCACCCUCUACCUACUGAUAGUAUUCGGAUUGUUACUGGGGGCAGGCAUCAAGAACAGAAUGGAAAAGGCAGGAUUCAAUGUGGCGCUAGGUCGAACCAACUGGUGGGAGACAUGGAUGAACCGACGACCUUUGGAAAGUAUUGGCCUCUCGCGUUUCACCAAUAGUUAUCGAAGGGAGGGGAAUUUAUCCUCAGGACGAGGCUACAUACCUGUCUCUAAUCCUCGAUAGUGUGUGUGUUAGUCGUCAGAUGUAGACUGUAGCAUUUUAUUACCUAUCAUUGGCUCGUGACAAUCUUACCCACGA